UCUCUCUCUCUCUCUCUCUCUCUCUCUACACAGAAACCCAAAACGACACUACUUUUCUCCAAAACCCUCACAAUCCAACCAGCGAUUGGCCAAAUUCUCGGAAACACUGAUUCAUUCUGAUCAAUGAUGGAUGGGAAUAGUAAUCAGGAGGAUAUGGAUCGGAGCGAGAGCAGCGAUUACACGUCGGAGGACGAAGGGACGGAGGACUACCGCCGCGGCGGCUACCACGCCGUCCGAGUCGGCGACACUUUCAAGAACGGCCACUACGUCGUCCAAAGCAAGCUCGGCUGGGGCCACUUCUCCACCGUCUGGCUCGCUUGGGACACCCGUAACUCCCGAUAUGUAGCGCUGAAAGUACAAAAGAGUGCGCAACAUUACACGGAGGCAGCAAUGGAUGAGAUUACCAUUUUGCAACAGAUUGCAGAUGGAGAUCCCGAGGAUAAGAAAUGUGUAGUCAAGCUUUUGGAUCAUUUUAAGCACUCGGGUCCAAAUGGGCAGCAUGUCUGCAUGGUUUUUGAAUUUUUGGGGGAUAAUCUCUUGACACUUAUCAAGUAUAGUGAUUACCGUGGAAUGCCUAUUCAUAGGGUCAAGGAGAUAUGUUUUCAUGUUUUGGUGGGUUUGGAUUACUUGCAUAGACAGCUCUCUAUUAUACACACCGAUUUGAAACCGGAGAAUAUCUUGCUGUUGUCCACGAUUGACCCGUCUAAGGAUCCAACAAAGUCUGGUACUACUCUUAUUCUUCCAAACAGCAAGGACAAGACGGCGUUCGAGUCUGGGGUUUCAAAAGAUAUUAAGACAUCCAAUGGCGAUUUGACUAAGAACCAAAAGAAAAAGAUCAGAAGAAAGGCUAAGCGAGCAGCUCAAGGUUGCGCGGGAAAGGAAGCUUCUGCAGAAGCUGAAACAGAUGCUGAAACAUCUGGUGCUGUGGAGUCUUCUAAAAUUUCAAAAUCAAAUGCGGAUUCUGUGGAAGAGCAGCCUGAUAGUUCUGUCAAUGCAAAUAGAUUGUUGAAUUCUGAUGGGACAAGGGGCACUGACCAAAGGAAUCAGGCUCACAAGAGAGGAAGCCGUUCCACAAGACAGAAGCUUUUGGCUUCGGUUGACCUUACGUGCAAAUUGGUUGACUUUGGGAAUGCUUGUUGGACAUACAAGCAAUUUACGAAUGAUAUCCAAACAAGGCAGUAUAGGUGUCCAGAGGUUGUCCUUGGAGCUAAAUAUUCUACUUCAGCAGAUCUUUGGUCCUUUGCUUGCAUUUGUUUUGAGCUUGCAACUGGUGAUGUUCUUUUUGAUCCUCACAGUGGUGACAACUUUGAUAGGGAUGAGGAUCAUUUAGCACUAAUGAUGGAGCUUCUUGGGAUGAUGCCGCGGAAGAUUGCCCUGGGGGGCCGUUAUUCCCGUGACUUCUUCAACAGAUAUGGUGAUUUGAGGCACAUCCGUCGGUUGCGCUUCUGGCCCUUAAAUAAGGUUCUCGUGGAAAAAUAUGAUUUCAGCGAAGAAGAUGCAAUUGACAUGGCUGACUUCCUGAUUCCAAUACUUGAUUUUGUCCCUGAGAAGCGACCAACAGCAGCACAAUGCCUUCUUCAUCCAUGGAUCAGUACAGGUCCUCGUCUUUUAGAGCCUUCAGUGCCUUCUACACAAUCCCAAGCUGCAGUUGGUGUAAAUUCUGAGAAAAAGAGGAGGGAGAAAGAAGAAAGGGAGGCAAUGGAGGUAGGUAUGGAGAACAUUGCCAUCAAUGCAGAUUCUAAACUGCUCAAAGAUUCCCAGUCUAGUAGUGAGUCCUCCAAGACAGUCGUAAGUAGUUCAUCUGGGUAGGAUUCUGGCUUAUGUUACUGUAUGCAACCUCUCCCUUCAUCUUUCUCCAGAUGUUCGCAAUAGCUGUUUGAUUCUUGCCGAGAGUGAUGUCUUCUCCCAUUAGUUUGGAAUUUCAAUUUGCUUUUUCUGGAUGGGUGUGGUAUUAUGCGGAUGAGAGCCGGAGUAGUUCAAUAGUUUAAAGCGGUUAGAAUCCCGGAUUAAAGAAGAAUCAUUUUCUAUAGCACAACUAUUGGACAGUGUACACUUUACCCAUGUAUGCAAGGCGACUUUGUUCAUUUAAGGGGAUAUAUUGAUAUUGAAACUUUUUUCCACAUUCCGAAAUACUUGGCAUAAUUUCUUAUCCUAUUUACUAUUUAAUUUAAGGACCUGUUGAUAUUCGGCACUCUAAUUUGUCUUGGUAUAAGCUGUUUGGAAUUUUGAAAUAUCUAUGUUUCCUUUGUGUUUCUCGGA